AUGGGGAUGGAGUCAGUAAAUAUGCUGAAUUUUAACAUAACUUUAUUUGUUGUGGCUUAUGAACCUUCUGGGCCAGUCAGUUAUUCAGUUUUCUUUGUUAGUUUGUUGACUUAUCUUGCAACACUUUUUGCAAAUGCAUUGUUGAUGCUGGUGAUCUACCUUGACACAAGCCUUCACAAACCUAUGUAUAUAUUUCUAUUUAAUCUGGCACUGAAUGGGCUUAUUGGAAGCUCAGCAGUCUUGCCUAACAUCAUGAACUAUCUUCUUGAUAAUAUGAAAUUAAUCUCUUUUGAAAACUGUCUGUUUCAAAUAUUCUGUGUAAAUAUUUAUGGAGCUUGUGCAUAUUUAAUAUUAAUGCUUAUGGCAUAUGACAGAUAUGUUGCUAUCUGUAAACCAUUGCAGUAUCACAAUAUAAUGACAACAACCAAAGUUAGGUCACUCCUAGGAAUAGCCUAUAUUUUCCCGAUUUGCUUUAUAGGUACACAAAUUCACCUAACUUCACGUAUGCCUUUGUGUAGGUACACUAUAAGCAAGUUGUUUUGUGAUAACCUGGCAGUUGUCAACCUUACCUGUGUUAAGAGUGUAUUUGCAGACCUGUAUGGUAUGGUUUUGGUAGUUAUCUUUGUUGUUUUUCCUUUGUUAUUUGUGCUUAUGUCAUAUGUAAAAAUAUUACUUGUUACUUUAAAAACAUCAGGAAAUGCCAAGAAAAAGCCUUUAAAAACCUGCCUCCCACAUUUAAUUACAUUUAUCAAUUUUACAUCCGCUACUCUUUUCUCUGUAAUAUAUAAUCGAUUAAAUUAUUAUCUUCAAAAAGAUCUUAAUGUUUUCAUAUCUGUACAUUUUAUUCUGAUCCCACCACUCCUGCAUCCAAUUAUAUAUGGAAUGAAAACCGAACAGAUUAAUCAAAGUUUCAAAAAACUUCUGCAUAAAAUAUUUUUUGGAGUUGAAUUUCAUUUGCAGUCUGUAAAGACUAUUUAA